UAGAAAUUAGUAACAUUCUUUCUGCAAUAAAAUAUGCAUGGCUCAAGGCAUUGAAGAGUAGUCACCUACGCCGUCAUGCUAAGCUUUUAGCUUGAAGAAACCAACUCUAUAAAAGCCAAGGUGGCCUUAGAUUCUGGGCACCGAAUACUUCACAAACCUUGCAGCACUGUCAAUGGAGAGAGCAUCUCAAAUCACCCUCUUCCUGUUACUCAUCAUCCAUUCUGGCGUAGCUCAAAAUGCUACCACGAGUGGAACAGAUGAGUUCCCCGUUGGAGUGAUCCUCGACUUGGAAUCAUUGGGGGGCAAGAUGGCGCGGACCAGCAUUUUGAUGGCUCUGGAAGACUUCUAUACAGUCCACAGAAACUACAGCCCAAAGGUAGUUCUCCACAUCAGGGGCUCGAAAAGUAACAGCGUAGAAGCUGCAUCAGCAGCUCUCGACCUGCUAGAGAAUUACAAUGUCCAAGCUGUCAUAGGCCCUCAAACAUCUUCACAAGCAGCAUUUGUAUCGGAUCUGGGGAAUAAAAGUCAGGUCCCUAUCAUCUCCUUCACAGCAACAAGCCCAUCUCUUUACUCUGGCAGUCUUCCAUAUUUUAUUCGUGCAACAUUGAGUGACUCUACACAAGUGAAUAGCAUUGCCUCCCUAAUCAAGGCCUACGGGUGGAGGCAGGUGGUGCCAAUUUAUGAAGAAACUGACUAUGGUAGAGGUGUCAUACCAUAUCUCAUCGACGCCCUCCAAGAAAUUGAUGCUCGUGUUCCCUAUCGGAGUGUGAUCCCUCUGUCGGCAUCUAAUGAACAAAUUACCCAAGAACUCUAUAAGCUAAUGACAAUGCAAACAAGGGUCUUCUUGGUGCAUAUGUCACCUGAUUUAGCUUCGAUCCUCUUCACAAAGGCAAAAGAGGUUGGUAUGAUGAAGAAAGCAGACGUCUGGAUCAUGACAGAUGGACUAACCAAUGUCAUAGACUCCACAAACCCUUCUGUCAUGGAAGCAAUGAAUGGUGUUUUAGGUGUAAAGUUUUAUACACCUAAAUCAGCAGAACUGGAUAGCUUCACCAUACGCUGGAAUAGGAGAUUACAAAUUGAUAACCCAAAUGAUCUACCAGUGAAACUAAACAUAUUUGAACUCUGGGGCUAUGAUACUAUAUGGGCGGUAGCACAAGCAGUUGAAAAGCUUGGUAUUAAGAACAAGACAUCAUUUCAAAAACCAGCAGUUGCAAGAAACAUGACAAGCCUGGGAACAUCUGUUUAUGGCCCGGAUCUCCUAAAGACCAUCUUGCAAUACAAAUUUAGAGGUUUGAGUGGUCAUUUUGACCUUUCAGGCAGGCAGCUGCAAGCAUCUACAUUUCAAAUAAUAAAUGUAGUUGGUAAAGGGUGGAAAGAAAUUGGGUUUUGGACUGCAGAAAAUGGUAUUUCCCGGCGACUAUAUCAAGGAGAAUCAAUGACAGAGCAUUCAGGCUUAGUUCCUGAACUAAACCCCGUGAUUUGGCCAGGAACAUCAACAGAGGUACCCAGAGGGUGGGAAGCUGCUGUAAAUGGUAAGAAGCUUCGAGUGGGAGUGCACGUAAGUGUAUACCCACAAUUUAUGACAAGUGGAAAGGAUCCUAUCACAGGGGCAACUAAAGCAGAAGGCCUUUCAAUUGAUGUAUUCGAAGAGGCAGUUAAAAGACUUCCCUAUGCACUACCUUAUGAAUAUGUAGCAUUUGGCACCACGAAUGACACAAGCACUGGAGGUUAUGAUGAUUUUGUUUACCAAGUUUACCUUAAGAAAUACGAUAUAGCAAUUGGAGACAUAACAAUCUCAGAGAACAGAAUGUCUUACGUCGACUUCACUCUACCGUACACAGAAUCAGGAGUGGCAAUGGUUGUUCCAGCCAAGAGCAGCAGAACUAACAACACAUGGAUUUUCGUUGAGCCAUUAUCACGUGACCUGUGGCUCGGAAGUAUCAUAUUAUUUUUCUACACAUGGGUUGUUCUCUGGCUAUUGGAGUUUCUUGGAAACAACACAAAUAUCCCAGGCGAAGUUCCCAGAAAGCUCGGGAUUAUGACCUUCUUUUCCCUGUUUGGAGACAAGGACAGAGUGGAACGCUUACUAUCUCGGAUAGUUUUGAUUGUAUGGGUAUUUUUCUUCCUUGUAUUGUCAGCAAGCUACACCGCGAACUUGGCAACGAUGCUUACCAUACGACAGCUAAAUCCAACUAUAACUGAUAUCCAUGAGCUCCGCAAAAGUGGGGACUAUGUAGGAUGCAUUCGUGGUUCCUACGUCGAGAGAAUAUUGGAACAACUCAAUUUCGACGGAUCGAAGAUCAAGACCUAUAAUACCUAUGAUGGAUUUUACAGUGCGCUCUCAAAGGGAAGCAAAAAUGGUGGAAUUGCUGCGUUCAUUCAUGAAGUCCCAUACAUCAGAUUAUUUCUUGCAAGGAACUGCAAAGGGUACACUAUGGUUCCAUUUUAUAAAGCAGCGGGUUUUGGAUAUGCAUUUCCAAAAGGAUCUCCUCUAGUUGGGGACAUCUCAAAGGCAAUCCUCAGCGUAAUAGGAGGAGACACUAUUAAUCAAAUUGAGAAGAAAUGGAUCGGAAUCGGAUAUCAAAACAACUGCAACAAUGCGGGACGUGCACCUGAUCCAGAAAAACUCACACCUGAUGGUUUUACAGGACUUUUCAUACUUAGUGGAGCCAUCUCGACUUCUUCUCUUCUGAUAGCCGUGGCGAUUUACUUUUAUGAAAAGAAAAACUCAACAACUGAGACGCAACCUGACCAAAAGGGAGAUCAGGCAGAAGGAAAUGAAAGAGGUAAUGAAGCUGGAGAAGAGAUGCAAAACAUAGGUCUACAACCAAGUGGCCACAGGCGCAAUGCUUCGGCUGUCUCUUGGGGGUUUAGAAGAAGUUUUGGCACAAGAGUGGCACCUGUUUCAAGUUCAAGUCGUUUCUAGCUCAGCUAGCUGGUAUUACAUAAAGCAGCCUCCAGCUAAAUGAAUUUCUAAAAUGGUAAGAGUUUGGACUGAAGUAGCUCAACAUACAACAGCUAAUUAUGUUUACGGUUCAUAGAUAAAGCUCAACUUACUCUAGGCAUCCAGUCUGCCAACGCUCUUCCCAGUCGGAUGAUUGUUUGUACUAAUUUUCAUGUGUGAAUCUUGU